AUGCAGGAGGACCUGGAACUGGUGCUCGACUACCUGCCCUGGCAGAACAAUCUACUGGCUCUCAACAUCGCUUUACCAAUGUUGAACGAGCUUGCGGACAUGCAUACUGGACGGAUCCCGUCGGCAAGAAUCGAGACUGCUGCUUGGCACAUCCCGAGCGACGUGUUCCUGGCAGACCCGACGUUCAGCGAGCCGCACGAGAUCGACCUGGUUAUGGCAUCGAACUACUUGCUGCGAACGGAUCGAGUGAAACUGGCAAACGGCACCGUGACUCUGCAGCAAGAAGUGGAAGAGCACUUUCACGGCACCCACGCCCGUGACGACAGUGGCCGCUUCCUCCUCCAGUUGCCGUUCAAGGACGCGGUUCUUGAGCUGGGCGACAACCGAGUCCAAGCGUUGAGGAGAUUCAACCGUCUGAAGCGCCGUCCGUCGUGCAACCCGGAAUUACGGGAGCAGUACACGGAGUUAGUCAAAGAGAACGAGGCGCUGGGUCACUGCAAAGAAAUUGAUGAGCGAGAAGAUCCACCAGAAGUGCUUCGUCCACAAAGCGGCGACUCCGAAGCCGGCAAGUACUCCUUGAUCGAUGUGUUGAAGGUGGGACCGACCGUUCAGAACGACCUGUUCUCUAUAAUUCUACGUUUCCGUCGCCAUCCGGUCGCAUCCACCGCCGACGUGGAGGAAGAACCCGAACGAGCGCUUGCGAGUGUCUGA